GUCCUUUUUUUUGUGUUACCCUCUUGGCAUCAACUUUACAAGCAUUUUCACAAGCCUGUGUGUAUUGUCCAGGACUCCAGGCUGUAUAAAUACAUCCCUUCCCUCUCACCAUUUCCGCACCACCUCCAAGAACAAAUCAUUCGUGUGAUCUCUCGUCCCUCUCAUUCAUAACAGACAGCAAGAGAAGAACACCAGCCCAUCCCGGCGCGAGGUGGGUGGUGCAAGACUGCAAGUGAGCUAGGCAGCUAGCAGCUCUACCGCCCGCCAUGAGGCCAGGAGCAGAGUUCCCGACCACGAGCCAUGGCGCGCCCAUGGCAGCUGCAGGGGCGAACGCGAACGCGACGGCGCCUCACUCCCCGUGGCAGUCGCCGGUGCCGUACCUGUUCGGCGGGCUGGCGGCGAUUCUUGGGCUCAUAACCUUCGCGCUGCUCAUCCUGGCCUGCUCCUACUGGAAGCUGUCGGGGUACCUCGACGCCGACCGCGACCGGCGGGCCGGGUCGUCGGGGGAAAGUGGCGCCGCCGACGGGGAGAAGGGUUCGGCGGCCGGCGCGGCCAGGCCGGCGGUGGGGUUCCAGGAGCACGUGGUGGUCAUCAUGGCCGGCGAGGAGAGGCCGACCUUCCUGGCCACACCGGCGGCCAGCCGAGCCGUCGUGGAGCUCGGAGCCGUGCCAGCCGCGCCGGGCCGCUCCGGCUCUGGCAACGACGAGGAGAAGAAGGCGCACGUGGACGACGGCGACUGUGAGCAGGAAGGACCCCGGCUCGGCGCCGACGCCGGCGCCGGCGCCGGUGCUGUGAGCCGGAGCAGUGAAAGCAGCACAAGCAGCAGCAGCGCGACGGCGCUGGCUGAGUGAUCGCUCGUUUUCCCCUGUCCCAUUUGCUCCUCUUGCUGGAGUGGUGUGCUAGAUUUAGCUCUAGCUGUAGAUUCUUGACGUGAUUGGUUGAGACUGGGGGUGAAAUUAAUGGAAAAAAAGAAACUUGAAUGCUAGUUUUUGCAAACUGUGCUAGUUGCUGAAAUCUGCAAUCUGUUUAUGGAAAAAAGAAGAUCGCAGCAACUUUCUGCUUCAAAUUC